AUCAUUAAUAUAUUUCUAGGUCUGCUUUAGCAUGGUGUAGCUAUAAGUUCAGAAUAUGAUACUGUUUGCAAUUUAAUACUGAUUAAUUAUUACCUUCGAUCAAUUAUUAUUGAUUACACAUUAUCUCUAUUGAUUCUACGUUUUUCACAAUAUGGAUUACCUAAGUGGUUGGUGUAAAAGCAAGAGGAGACUAGAUGGAUACACGGUUAUCAUCACAGGUUGUAAUACGGGAAUUGGAAAGGAAACCGCCUUGGAUCUUUAUAAAAGAGGAGCUAAAAUAAUAAUGGCAUGUCGUAACACUGACAAGGCAGAAGAAGCCAAAGCGGAUAUCGUCAAGAAAUGCGAAUCUGAGAGAGAAACUGGAUCAUUAAUAAUUGAAAAAUUAGAUUUAUCAAGUCUCAAGUCAGUAAGAGAGUGCGCUUUCAGAAUACUGGCGAAAGAAGAUAAAAUAAACAUUUUAAUAAACAAUGCUGGUAUCAUGAUGAUACCGAAAGGCCGGACCGAAGAUGGGUUUGAGACACAGAUAGGAACUAAUCAUUUUGGUCAUGCUAUGUUCACAUUCCUAUUAUUACCUCGUAUUAUAAAAAGUGCACCGGCAAGAAUUGUGAAUGUCGCGUCUCUAGCGCAUUUUGUCUCAAACGUGAAUCCUAAUGAUAUUAAUCUGGAUCGAACUUGGUACGGAUCAGUAAAGGCUUACGGUAGAAGCAAGUCAGCUAAUAUUUUAUUCGCAAGAGCAAUUCAUCUUAAAUUAAGGGAACGGAACAUCAAUGAUGUUAAUACAUACAGCUUACAUCCAGGUGUGGUACGCACAGAUAUAGGAAGAAAUUUACAUAGAGGAAUAAUUUUUGGUGCGACUUGGGUAUUUAAUAAUAUUAUAAGCGUUUUUAUAAAGUCGCCUCAAUGUGGCGCACAAACUACUAUUUAUUGUGCGAUAGACGAAGAAUGCGCAAACGAAAGUGGACUUUAUUACAGUGAUUGUUCAAAAGCAAGGAGAUCGAGGCAAUGCCGUAAUGAUACAGAAGCUUUGAAAUUAUGGGACGUGACUAUUGAAAAAUUAAACCUCCAGAAAUAUGACCCUUUGGGUGAAGUUGAUCCAACUGAAGAAAUAUUUAUUCAAAAAAUCUAACUGUUUUAACAUUUAUAUCAUAUAACGAUCUAGAUAAAUAAAAUGUAAAUUUUACAUACAUCUCUAUUGUUAAAAUAUUUUGUAGAAGACAAUCGUAUCUAUGUAAAAACACCACUAUCAAUUACCAGACACCAAUUAUGUAAACCUUGACCUUUAGACAACUUGAGGUCAUUAUAAAUAUAAUUAUUAUAUACGUAAGAUGGGUGUGCAAUGGAAGGUCACACUAACGAGAAAAAAAUUCUUAUUUAUUUCAUAAAUGGAUAUAUGAAGGAAAAAUGAUUAAGUAGAUACCACUUUAUUUUGUUAUA